UACCGGGAGGUCGGGUCCAAGGGCAGGGAUAACCAGUUUUAUUUAAUCUACUAGUUUUUAACUAUGGUUCAUAUUUUGAAGUCCAAUGAGGCAAAUUCCUUUGUGAUUUUGGGCUAUAUAAAUAAAAUUGAAUUGAAUUGAAUUGAAUUUUUUUUUGUUUGUUUGUUUUGUCUCGCUUUUUUGUUUUAAACUCGGCUAGCGAGUACAUUUCGUCAGAUGCUCCCUAACCUGGCUUGGUAGGUGAUGUUGGGGUAUGGAGAAACAAGUUGAUUUUAUACAUUCGUUAAGAUAAACGAAUUAGUCAGACGGUCCCUAACCGGGCUGGUUAGUUCACGCUGGAGUGUGGAGAAACAAGUUGACUUUAUACAUUCGCUAAGAUAUUUUUUCCUUUUCAUCAAAAACCGUUUCUGGAUUUAUGGUUUAAUCUUUUCGCAUCGGUUUUGAACUCGGUUAGCGGGUGAUUUAGUCAGCCGGUCCCUAACAGGCGCGCGCGCGCAGGCUGGGUAGUUGAUGCUGGAGCGCGGAGCAGCAAGUCUGUCAGUCCCGCUCUGCAGUAACUCAGAGCGGCCGCUCAUCAACAUCCUCUCGGCGUUCACGGAGCAGGAACGCUGUGGGACUCCGAGCCCGCGGAGAGCGACAACCGCUGCAGCCUCAUCCCCAGUGGGGGGACACCUCCGUGGACAUGAGGACAUCUGCUGCAGCGACUUGUUCCAGAGGGCGGAGCGGGAACCCCGACCGCUGCCGCUUUUCUCCCUCCGAGUGGUGAUGCAGCAGCGGAGCGCCUCUGUCAGAUUCAUCAUGACCUUUUCCUUGUUUAAGAGUCACUCCAUCACCGAGGGAUCUCAGAGCUUUCUUGUAUCUGGAUUUAUCAGCACAGGGAUGAGAUAAUAGAGUCAGCCUGUCGGUACAUGUUGCUGCAGAACCUCCUGUGGCUCCUGUGAACUCACCCCUCCCCGAGUUAAGUUCCUUUCAUCGGUGGAACUAUGACAACGCCGACUCUGCUGCCACUGUCGGGCCGCAGGAUACCCACGCUGUCGCCGGGCGCCUCCUCCUUCCCGCACCACAGGGCCACGUUGAGGCUCUCCGAGAAGUUCAUCCUUCUCCUUAUUCUCAGUGCCUUCAUCACUUUAUGCUUCGGGGCCUUCUUUUUCCUCCCGGACAACUCUAAACACAAGCGCUUUGACUUGGGCUUGGAGGACGUGCUCAUCCCUCACAUUGACUCGCCCAGAGAGGGGAAGCAUUCUUCAGGACAGAUGGUCAUACACGGACAAGGACGGCACGAUGAGAACAGACAUCGGGAGGAGGUAGCGAGCCUGCGAGAUAAGAUCCGCGCAGACCACGAGCGAGCGCUGCAGGAGGCAAAGGAGAAGCUGCGGAAGUCGCGUGAGGAGCUGCAGGCUGAGAUUCAGACGGAGAAGACUAAAGUAAUGGAGGACUUGAAGAAGAAGGAUCCGGGGCCCAAGCCCUUGCCACCCGUCCCCAUGCCUAAGGUGGUUGGUGUCAGUGAUGGAGAGCCACCAGAGCCUGACGCCAAAGAGAAACGGGACAAGAUCAGAGAGAUGAUGAAGCAUGCGUGGGACAGCUACAGGCAGUAUGGCUGGGGUCACAACGAGCUCAAGCCCAUCGCUAAGAAAGGACAUUCCACCAACAUCUUUGGUAGUUCUCAAAUGGGAGCAACCAUUGUGGACGCUUUAGACACGCUGUACAUCAUGGGCCUCCACGAGGAGUUCAAAGACGGCCAAGAGUGGAUCGAGCAGAAUCUGGACUUCAGUGUGAAUGCUGAAGUGUCUGUGUUUGAGGUCAACAUUCGGUUCAUCGGAGGACUCUUGACGGCGUACUACCUCUCUGGACAGGAGGUGUUCAAACUGAAAGCUGUCCAGCUCGCUGAGAAGCUCCUUCCUGCCUUCAACACCCCCACUGGAAUCCCCUGGGCCAUGGUUAACCUUAAGAGCGGUGUCGGCCGGAACUGGGGCUGGGCAUCAGCAGGCAGCAGCAUUCUGGCGGAGUUUGGGACUCUGCACAUGGAGUUUGUUCACCUGACCUACCUGACAGGAAACCCCGUCUACUACCAGAAGGUGAUGCACAUCCGUAAGCUGCUGGCCAAAAUGGACCGACCCAAUGGCCUUUACCCUAACUACCUGAACCCUCGCACGGGCCGCUGGGGCCAGCAUCACACUUCAGUUGGAGGGCUGGGCGACAGCUUCUAUGAGUACCUGCUCAAGGCGUGGCUCAUGUCUGACAAGACGGACACAGAAGCUCGCAAGACCUACGACGACGCCAUCGAGGCCAUCGAGCGCCACCUCAUACGCAAGUCCAACGGCGGGCUGACUUUCAUCGGCGAGUGGAAGAAUGGCCACCUGGAGAGGAAGAUGGGCCACCUGGCCUGCUUCGCCGGAGGCAUGUUCGCUCUCGGCGCCGACGGCUCGCCCGACGACAAGGCCGGACACUACCUGCAGCUCGGAGCGGAGAUCGCACACACCUGCCAUGAGUCCUACGACCGCACAGUGCUGAAGCUCGGCCCGGAGGCCUUCAAGUUCGACAGCGGCCUGGAGGCGGUGGCUGUUCGGCAGAAUGAGAAGUAUUACAUCCUGCGGCCAGAGGUGAUCGAGACGUACUGGUACAUGUGGAGGUUCACCCACGAUCCCAAAUACAGGCAGUGGGGCUGGGAGGCCACACAGGCCAUUGAUAAGUACUGCCGGGUGAGUGGGGGUUUCUCUGGAGUGAAGGACGUGUACUCGUCCAACCCCACCUACGACGACGUCCAGCAGAGCUUCUUCCUGGCCGAGACCCUCAAGUAUCUGUACCUGCUGUUCUCCAGCGAUGACCUGCUGCCUCUGGAGAACUGGGUCUUCAACACAGAGGCCCACCCCCUCCCCGUCCUCCACCUGGGGAACAUCACUCUGCCUGGCAGUGAGCCUGCUCAGCGGUAGACGGACCCCCCCUCCAGACUCUCUGCCCCAUCACAGAAACACCCCCACACCCACCCCCACCAACUCAAGAGUAACUUUCAUUCAGACUCCUCUGCGUUUGGACUGCAGACACGAGCCGGGGGACACGAGAGAACGGACUCUGCCCCCCCUCUGUUGUCUUCUGUUAUGAUCUGUGAAUUCACUCAGAAGGACGGUGCUGCUCAUCCCCCCCCCCGAAGGACACCACUGCACCCCAGACUUUCCCUUCAGACUGUGGGGGGGCGGGGCUUUCUCUCCUUCAAGCAGACGCGUCAGGACUCCACAGACGAGUCGGUGAACACUUUGAGGUAGGUUUUGGAAUGGUUAAUGGAGACAAGCCCCUCCCCUUUUCCCUGAAACCCCCCACUGAAGACUUCAACCAUCAGACAGGCGGGGUGACGCUCAGCUGCAGAUGAAGAUGAUGAUGGUGGGACUGCCAGAACUUUCUGCUGCUAUUGAUCAGAAGCUGCUUUCCUUUGUAAGGUUUUCUGACCCCCCAUCCUCUCUGAGAGGUUUCCUCAUCAUUUUCAUGUCAGCUUCUGUUGAUGUUCCUGUUACAACUGCCCCCCGCCCCCUUGUAAUCCAUGUUUGUGCACUUUGUAUGGGAAGGAGGGGCCAGAGCACUGACAGGUGAAUAAACGAAGACGCCGCGUCUCCUUUCUCAUUGUCUUCUGCACAGCAGGACGCUCUCUUUUCAGGGGGGGGGUUAGUUCCUAUCACAUUUGUACCCCCCCUCCACACACUGAUUUCAUUGUCAUGUACAGCGUUUCCAGCUCAGCUCUCGUCGCUCCGUCUUCUGCUGCUCCUCAUCAGAACAGUUCUGUAGAACCCGGGCGAGAAGCUUUUCUGCUCCCACUUCUAGGUUCUGGACAGAAGAAACGAAGCAGCUGAGAGUAAAAACUAAAGUUUCUCCAGAAAGAUGCGACGGUGGGACAGAACCAAAGUCGUCCUGGAGGUUCCUGUCAGAAACAAACUCCAUUUUAGGUAAAAGAAAAACAUUUUCAUGACUUUUUCUCUGAUUUGAUGAAGAGUUUUUGGGUUAUUUAUUAAAAAUGCUCAUUUAGAAGUUAUUUUUACAAACUUCAAAGCUGAGCGUGAAGGAGCUGAAGCAUCAUUAAAAUGGAUUCCUGCAGCCUUCAGAAAUCCAGAUGUGAUCCAUCGACUAAUCUCCAUCUGAUCCACAUUAACUCUGACCAGUUUCAUCUGAGCUGGUUUGUUCUUUAACUCCACGGUUCCUGACGUUUGUCCUGCAUGGUGGAUCUGCAGUGUGACGAGCUGCAGGAGCUUCUUCUCCUGCUUCUGCUGUCCAUGUUUCAGCUGGAGUUCAAAUGUGCCAAAAAUCCUGGGAUCUGCCGCCGUCUGUCAGGAUGUGUGUCUGAAGCUGGGGUGUCGUGACCUUUGCCCCAGUUUGACCCCACGGCGUCCUGUCGGAGCACAUGAGGCUGAACUGCUGCAUGGUUUCAUUUAGGAGAGACUUCAGCCACCAUCACCCCCAUCUCUGUUCAGUCCUGAGUGUUAGAUGAGGAGGAAACCUCACAAAGACUCUAUUCAGUGAGAGUUCUCUGUAUUUUUACUGGACUACAAAGUGAGAUGACAGUCUGUGUAAAUAUGUUUAAACCUGCGGUUCAAACUCAAUAAAGACCUUAUGAAGAA